AUGGUCCGUAACACGCCAGCACCGCCCAAGGGCCGACGGCCCAACAUCCUCUUCAUCAUGGCGGACGACCAUGCUGCCAAGGCGAUUGGCGCGUAUGGCGCUGGCAUCAACAAGACUCCACACAUCGAUCGUCUCGCCCGGGAGGGAAUGCUGUUCAACCAUUGCUACGUAACCAACUCGAUAUGUACCCCGAGUCGCGCAGCCAUCCUGACGGGCACCCACAACCACGUCAAUGCCGUCCGCACUCUCGACAACAAGAUUGACAACUGGAUGCCCAACGUUGCAAAGCAUUUGAAAUACGCCGGCUACCAGACCGCCAUGAUCGGCAAAUGGCAUCUUGGUGAAGGUAAGGCGCAUGAACCCACUGGGUUUGAUCAUUGGUCGGUCCUUCCAGACCAGGGCGUCUACUACGAUCCAGUCUUCAUCGAGCCACACGGUCAGGAGGUAGUGGUAGGCUAUGUGACCGACAUCAUCACGGACAAAACCAUCGACUUCAUUUCCAAUCGAGAUGCGAAUAAGCCCUUUUUCAUCAUGUGUCAUCACAAAGCUCCGCAUCGAUCUUGGGAGUAUAAGCGAACACACAAAGACUUGUACAGAGACGAGAUCAAACUCCCCGAUACCCUCACCGACGACUACAAGCACCGAGCCAGCGCGGCCAAAGCGGCCAAAAUGAGGGUUGCAGAAGACAUGACCUUCUUCGACCUUGGCCUCGUGCAACCCGAGGGCGGCUCGGAAGUGGGAGAGCUAAUAGGAAGUAUGGGCGACGUGAGGAAGAUCCCUUUCCCCGAAGACGUUUCAAACAUGGUCUUGAUCGAUCGCGACACCGGCACCAAUUAUCGAUUCAAAGACAGGGAGGAACUACGGCGGUUCAAGUACCAGCGAUACAUGCAGCGUUACUUACGCUGCGUUCACUCCAUCGACGAAAACGUCGGACGGCUGUUAGAUUAUCUAGACUCCUCGGGAAAGGACGUCGUCAACAACACGCUAAUCAUGUAUACCUCGGAUCAAGGAUUCUUUCUCGGCGAUCACGGCUGGUUCGACAAACGCUUCAUGUACGAAGAGUCAUUCCAGAUGCCACUGCUUGCACGCUUUCCCCGAGAAAUAUCUCCCGGUAUCAUCUGCAACGACAUCGUCAGCAAUGUAGACUUUGCACCGCUGUGGCUGGAUCUCGCCGGCCAUCCCAUCCCUUCAUAUAUGCAGGGCUUCUCAUUCCGGCCCUUGCUACACGGCCAGCGACCCAAGGGCUGGCAGAAAGUGGCAUAUCACCGCUACUGGAUGCACAACGACAGCCCUCAUGAGUGCCGUGCGCAUUACGGUGUGCGGAAUCAACGGUACAAGAUUAUUUAUUGGUACAACCUCGAUUACGGACUACCUGGUACCCGGCCCGGAGGCGAACCACCGGAAUGGGAGCUUUUCGACUGUCAAGGAGAUCCACUCGAGCUCAUGAAUCAGUACGACAACCCCGAUUACGCAGAAGUUGUCAAAGAGAUGACGACCCUGCUGGACGAGAAGAUGUUGCAGAUUGGAGACAUUCCCGAGCACGGUCGACUUCGACCCGCGCUGGCGUCUCCAACAUAA